ACUGUCCCUUUAACAUGAGCACGUGGUACCCGCAAACAUCCGGUUUUCAGGAAUGGAAGUAAAAAUGCAACAAUGUUUUGACACACAGCGUUGACGCGCGGAGUGUUGCCAGUCUAUGAUUACGUUUUCUUACGUUGUUUCCAUGCUGUUGAAAUACGAAGGUGAGUCGCGAGGCCGUCGACCCGUGAAGCUGCCGUUUGGUCUCGCGGACAGGGACGCUGUUUGUCUCUCGACAGAUGGAGGCUGGCAGCCUUGUCUCGCGCAGAGAGGACAUUUCUUCACUGUUUCCUGAGCAAACGCCGGGUGCCAAAUAUAAAGAUUUAAGCAGCCAGUUUUCCUCCGUGAGGCAUGUUCGCGGAGAUGGAAACUGCUUCUACAGAGCCCUCUGCUUCGCACACCUGGAGUCAGUCCUACACAAUGCCAGAGCUUUGCAGAGAUUUAAGCAGACAGUCAUUGAAACCUGCAAACACUUCUCUUCUGCGGGGUUUGAUGAGAGUUCCUUCAAGCAUCACCUGAACACAGUUGUAUAUGUUGUGGAGCAGUGCCAGGCUGAUGAGCAGGAAGACCGGCUAUUCCAGCUCUUCAACGAGCAGGUGACCUCUGACAGUGUGGUGCAGUAUCUCAGGCUGCUCACUUCAGCGCACCUGCAAAACCAUGCAGACUUCUUCUGCGACUUUGUGGAGGCACCCGAUCUGCAACUCUACUGUCGUCAAGAAGUGGAGACCAUGGCGAUGGAGUGUGAUCACGUGGACAUCUUGGCUCUCUCACAGGCCCUGGAUGUUUGCAUCCACAUCGUCUCCAUGCAGGGUGAUGAACAGCAGUUGGCUCACCAUGUCAUUCCAGAGGGUGCUGAACCCUCCGUGCACCUCCUCUACCAAAUGUCACAUUAUGACAUUCUCUAUCUGCAACAUAAAAACUGAUCGCUGAUCCAGUAAGACUCAGCUCAACUCAGGAAUAAUGACUUUGGUUGAAUAAAAUCCCAACUGGGCCUUAAGACA